AUGGCAUCAACCGCACCUCAGGUCCAUACACAGGAUGGCAAUGGAACUGCUGCAGCGGCGCCACCAAAAUCAGAGCCGUUGAUACCCACCUUGAUGAAGUCGGCCGUUGACCAAACCGUCAAAGCCGUUACAAAUGUCGUCCAAACCGAAAUUCGAGCGCUCCCAAAGCAGAUAGUUGCUGCUGUGGUUGCACAACAAGCUGCCGGUCCCGCCAAACCGCCAAAGAGGACCGCAUCUUCCGCUUCAGACGACGACCAAGGACUACCCAAGUCUCAGCAGCUUUGGAACGAGGCAUACGAUGGCUUGGAAGAGAGCGGUGCCACCUCUGGCAUCGUGCAAUCGUAUGCGGAGACGUUGACCUAUGCUAUUGCUGGCGAGGAUGGCGAGAAGCCUGCUCCUGAGAUGGCUACGUUGGCUGCUGAUUUGAAGGAUCCGGCGAAGCGGCAGGCGCACAUGCGAGAUCUUGUGCAAAAUGGCCGUGAGAAGUUUGCCGACGAUUCAAAGCUUGCUCAGACGGUUGGUGAUGUUGCUGGGUUUGUGCUGCAGGCUCGGGGUGUCAUUGAUGUGGCUAUCAAGAACGUUCCGCAGGCCGCACUGCCUUGGGCUGGUGUCUGCGUUGGACUUCAGAUUCUUACCAAUCCGGCCAAGGUGUCUCGAGAGAAUCUUGCUGGAAUUACGCAUGUUGUCUCUCGAAUGGAUUGGUACUGCUCGCUGGUGGAUAACCUGCUGGAUGAACGAAGCAUCGUCGAAGGCAAAGAACCUGCAGAACUCGUAACACAGCGCUUGGAGACACUGGUUCUUGAUCUUUACAAGAGCCUUUUGCUGUAUCAAAUGAAAAGCGUGAGCUCGUACUACAGACAUUCCGGCCUCACCUAUCUUCGCGAGCUUGCCGCAUGGGACAAGUGGGAUUCAGAUCUCGCGUCCAUAAAGACUGCAGAGGAUGCAUUGAGGGCUGCUUCGGUGCAGUACAACACGCAAAGCUCACUCGAACGUCUAUCGGAGCUCAUGCAGCAUGGAGACAAGAUGCAGUCCACUCUGGGGAACAUUCAUCAAGAUCUACAAGACUUUAUUUCUACGCAGAAGCAAAAGAUUACCGAUGAUAAAGAUUCUGCUUGUCUCCGAGAUUUGUUUCUCAUUGAUCCAAUGCGAGAUCUGGAAAGGCUGGAAAGAAAGACGGACAAGCUGAUAGACAUUGCGUUUUCAUGGGUCAUGGGCACUAAAGAGUAUACAUCAUUUUCGAAUUGGCAGCGGUUUGAUGCACGUCGCAUGCUCUGGAUCAAAGGAGGGCCAGGGACGGGCAAAACGAUGCUCCUAAUUGGAAUUGUCCGCGAAAUAUCGACACAAUCUGCAGCCUUUGCACCAAGUGUGUCGUACUACUUUUGUCAGGGUGCUGGAGACCAGACGAGAAACAAUGCCACUGCGAUUUUGCGGUCAUUGUUGUGGAUGCUACUCGUUCAGCAGCCUCGCCUCAUUCAGCAUUUGCGUGUCAAACACAAGUACGCCGGGUCGUCACUGUUCACGGAUUCGAAUGCGUUCAGCGCAAUGUCUGAGGCUUUUGAGAAUAUGCUCAAUGACCCAGCUCUGACUCCUGCGUACUUUGUUGUAGACGCCCUGGAUGAAUGCGACGAGACUAAGGGUGACUUGAUUCAGCUCAUUUUCAAAUCUCUGGGCAUCUCACACAAGGUAAAGUGGCUGAUUUCUAGCAGACCUGGCCUUGACUUGAUGCGGCCGGGUGUGGAUGAAGCCCUCGUUGAGCUGGAUUCGCAACGGCUGGAAGGCCCAGUCCACGCAUACAUCACAUCCAAGCUGUCUGAGCUGAGAGAGAGCCCUGGAUACGGCGAUGAAGCUAUUCUAGUCGAACUAUCCAACGAGAUAUGUGAACGCGCCGCCAACACUUUUCUUUGGGCAGCUUUGGCGUUCAAAGAGCUGCAAGGUGUAGAAGGCAAAGAUGCAAUCGAGACUAUCAAGAAACUGCCCUCUGGCUUGCCAGAUUUGUAUGGCUACAUGAUGGCCAAGAUUGAAGAACAUCACGGCCUGAAAAAGAUUCGCUGCAAAAAUGUUCUUGCUGCAGUAUAUCUUGCGUAUCGACCGCUUUCUCUUAAGGAGUUGGGAGUGGUGGCCGGUCUUGGUUCCCCAAUUAAGCCUCUAGAUAUUGUGAAGGCUUGCGGGUCUCUACUUAGCAUGACAGGCAGAGUGGUUUCUUUGACUCAUCACUCCGUUCGAGAAUACCUGUGCGAGACGUAUGGCAAGCUGCUGCAGAAGGGGGAUGUGGUGUUGACCCAUCAGGACAUUGCCAGUAGGUCCCUUACCGAGAUGCAGCACAGCUUGAAGCACAACAUGUACCAUUUGCCUAGCAAUGGCUACUUCCCGAGGUUCCUGAGUGACGCCAUCAAUGGCUCCGACAAUGACCCUCUGGCUGGGCUCGCCUAUUCCGCAACAUUCUGGAUGUACCACCUAUGUGAUGCUAGCGGCUCAGAAACUUCUGCAGAACUUGCUACGUCAAAGGAAGUCCUAAAUUUUUUGAAGAAGUAUUUCCUCCGCUGGAUUGAGAGUCUUUCGCUCUUGGGAAAUCUGUCCGAGGGACUGGAGUCCAUCCGAAUGCUGGCGGCACAUCCUCGCUUCGAAUCUUCCGCCCCGUUGAGGAAGUUCCUCAAAGAUGCUGAAAGGUUUCUUAUCAGCCACAAGUCGACCAUCAAGGCAGCAGCAUUGCAGACCUACGGCACAGGGCUCCUGUUUUGUCCUGCCGAGAGCAGCGUUCGAAUAUUCGGAUGGGAUGAGAGACUCCCGUUCAUUCGAAACAUGGUCACCACGCAGCAGACAGGUGAUUCCAAUACGCGAACGUUGGAUGGACGCUAUGGUGCCGUCACGGCAGUGGCGUUUUCUGAGGACGGCAAGUUCUUUUCAACUGGUACAGAGGGUUCCUUGACGGUGUGGGAUGCUGAAACGUGGAUACCCAUCUGCACGAUUUUCCUUCCAGACUCAACUGGCGUGGCCGAGGAGGUGAGCUUUUCUCCAGACUCCAAGUCCAUUCUUGCAGUGUAUGGCGAUACGCUGCACAUUUGUGACGUGGAAACAAAGACACAACUCCGAACGAUUGUGCAUCCGGAGAAACGAAAGAUUGCCUGUGCAAACUUCCAAUUCGAUAAUAAAGGGGUUGUUAUGGUACUCAGCGAUGCCACGGUAUACACUUGGGAAGCGGAAACGGAAACUAUCAACCAGAUAUUCACGGCAAGGGGAGAGACUAAGAGCAUCAUGGCACUGUCGCCGGAUAACAAGGUUUUGGCUGUUUCGUUACUUGAAAACCUCAUCGGUGUCUGGGAUGUUGCUAAUGGCUCGGGGGACAGCGCUCGGAUGCUGAAGCGGCAUGACGAGGGCUUUCGUGAUUUUACCUUUGCCGCUGACAGUAGAACACUGGGGUCGGUUUCAACUGACGGGACGAUUUGUAUUUGGGAUAUUGAGAGCGGCAUGUGCACAAGAAGCUUCAGCCCUGGCUGGAACAACUGGCCGACGAUUGCAUUGUCUCCGGAUCUCAAGACCAUAGCAAUGGGUGGACUGGAAGACACAACUCGUCUGCUAGAUAUUAAGGAUUGGGAUCCGAAGGAAGAGGCGCAGAGUCAUCGUAGCAGAGUGACUGACGUGGUCGUGUCCCCUGACAAGACUGUUGUGGCAACAGCCUCCAACGACAGAGACAUUCGUUUAUGGGAUAUUGAACGUGGUGAAUGCCUGCGACGUUUCCGCGGCCAUAAGGACGCCGUGCACGCAGUGGCAUUUUCGCCAGACGGUCAAUCUCUGGCAUCGGCGUCAGGCGAUAAGACUGUUCGUGUGUGGGACAUCAAAUCGGGUGAAUGCCGUCAGACCUGGAAAGGACACACCGCAGCAGUCAAGAGCGUUGCGUUUUCCCCAGACGGCAAGGUGAUUGGGUCGUUCUCCGAGGAUCAAACGGCGAGGCUUUGGACAGUUGAGACCGGGUCGAGCGUGCCGAUCAAAGGUCAAAGCGAAUCUCAGUCAUGCAUAGCGUUCUCCAACGACAGCAAGACGCUGACCACUGUCAACAAGGACGGAGCUGUGGCUCUGUGGGAUGUUGAGACUGGGAACCAGGUGCACGUCUUUGAUGUGGAGGAGUCUGAUUGUCCCAUGGCGCUGGCAUUUUCCCCGAAUAACUCGACGGUGAUAAUGGGCACAGUUAAUGGCAGCAUCUACGCACUUGACAAGGAUGCCAACGAAAGACGACAGGUGCUCAACCAGCAGGAAUCAUUUUCACACAUGGCGUUUGCAGCAGACGGAGAGACGAUUGUGACUACAGCUGGAUCCGUGGCGAGCAGUGCGUCUGGACAAAAGGGGUUCAACAAGAAGGCGCCUGAUAAUACACUCUUCGUGUACAAGCCGGUUGCCUUUCCGGGUAUGGAAGCUGAAGCGAGACUGGGUGACGUGUGGAUCGAGGGACGAGGUGUGCUGACAUUGCUGCCGAUGAGCUACACGUCUAACAUGCUGGCUGUAUGUGAAGAUAUUGUUAUUUUGGGGCAUGCGUCAGGCAAGGUGACGUUUCUAUAUUUUGACUUUCCCAAACGACCUGAUACCUAUUCUGCGUAA